GUGUUCUAUUUGCAUCUUUGACAACGUGGGUGGUCCGCUUUGUUCAAACUGUCAAUGUGUGUGGUCUAAUAAGAGAUGAAGCUGUGGAAAGUAAAUGAGGUGUUUAGUGUACCUGUGGAAAGGGUGCUGUCUAUGGAUACGACCAGAGCAGUAGUGCUGUAUUAUAUGCUACUAAGUAGGCGCGGACGGCUUUUUAGAAGGAGAGAUACACUAACAGACUUGUGAUUUGUUAUUUAUGUGUUUUAAAUAUAAGGUAUCCUUAAUGAAGGGCUACUUUAAUGGAACCAAGAAAAACUGUUAUCAUGGAAAUUUUAAGAUACGUGAGUCUCUCGAUCAUAUUUGUGUUCACAACUUUUAUUUGUGAGAAUGAAGGAAAAAAAUUCUAUUCUGGUGCAAAUACUUCGGAGCUACUGAGUACAACGCAUCGAUCAGGAAAUUUUUCUCCAGCAAUAUUCAAAGGAAAGGAAGAAACUGUUGGAAAAACAUUCGUUUCAUUAGGUAGCAUGUCAUCAAAUAUGAUAGACUUGUUCCCUCCAGUAGAAUCACUAAUGUCGCAUGCAAAUGGCAAAUCACAGUACUGCCGACGGCCAGCGAAAUGUCAAAAAUUAAACUACACCAGCUGCAUGGGAAUGAAGCUUCCAUAUGAGUGGACGACAUUGGAACUUGUUCCAGAUGUAGACUCACAGGAUUCUGUCCAGGAAAGGCUUCAGGUGUGGCAAAAGUUAAGACGUCUGCCCAAGUGCUGGUCUGUGAUCCAACCAUUUCUGUGUGCACUUUAUAUGCCAAAAUGUGAGAAUGAAAUGGUGGACCUGCCAUCACAGGAAAUGUGCAAAGUUACAGUAAGCCCCUGCCGAAUUCUAGAUGUGGAAGGUAUCUGGCCAUCAUUUUUGAAAUGUGAUAAUAUGACCAAAUUUCCACCUAUGUGCAAGAAUGAUGUGCGAGAACUGAAAUUUAAUGUCACCGGACAUUGUCAAGAACCUUUGGUACCAACUGAAAAUUCAAAAGCGUUCUAUGAUGGUACCGACGGAUGUGGAAUUCAGUGUGAGGAUCCUCUUUUCACAACAGAUGAACAACAACAGAUACAUAACCUGAUUGGCUGGGCUGGCAGCUGUUGCUUAUUUUUGAAUGUAUUCACAGUGGUAACAUUUUUAAUAGAUUGGCGUUCUGCAAACAAAUAUCCUGCUCUAAUAAUAUUUUACAUCAACUGUUGCUUUCUGGUAUCCUGUACUGGAUGGCUUGCACAAUUCACUCCAGGCGCACGCAAGGAUAUUGUAUGCCGUAAAGAUGGGACACUUAGAAUGUCUGAGCCAAGUGCUGGAGAAAACCUGUCAUGUGUAAUAAUCUUUGUGGUGGUUUACUAUUUCUUAAUGGCAGCUGUGGUGUGGUUCGUCAUUCUUACAUAUGCAUGGCACUUAAGUUUCCAAGCAUUAGGUAAAGUAAAGGAAAAAAUUGAUAAGAAAGGAUCUUAUUUUCAUUUGGUUGCCUGGUCUCUACCAUUAAUUUUAACCAUCACAACAAUGGCUCUUGGUGAAAUUGAUGGUAAUAGUGUCGCUGGAAUAUGCUUUGUUGGUUACUUGAACCAUACUGCAAGAUAUGGUUUGCUUCUUGCUCCACUUUCAGUAGCUGUGGUGGUUGGAGGUUACUUCUUGAGUAGAGGUUUGGUAACUCUCAUAAGGCUGAAAAUUGGGAGCCAUGAUAUAAUUUCUCCAACAGCAAGUGCAAAAAUCAGGGAAACCAUUGUUCGAAUGGGACUUUUUUCCCUCUUCCUUCUUGUACUGGUAUUAGUUACAUUCACCUGCCAUGUCUAUGAAUACAGAAAUCAGGCUAAGUGGAAUUAUAGUUUCAGAAAGUAUAUCGUCUGCAAGAUUAUUGGUGGUGGUUCUGUCAAUAAUGGAAACAAGGACAAGUGUCGAAUGGAGUCCCGUCCGAGCUUAGCAAUAAUGCAACUUCAUGUACUUACUGUAUUUGCUGCUGGAAUAGUAAUGUCUUCAUGGAUCUGGACAGGGUCUACAAUACAUACGUGGAAGAGAUUUCUAAGAAGAGUGCUUAAUAAUGGUUAUGAGGAGCCAGUAAGACUGAAAAAGCAUAAAGUCAUUGCACAAGCCUUUGCAAAACGAAAAGCUCUCAAUAAUGAUGGUCGGCUAUCAUUAAGCUUUCAUAGCACACAUGAAGAUCCAGUGGGCUUGAACUUUGAUGUGAAUAGCAUGGCAUCCCAGGACUUAAGUUCAACAUGGGCUGCUGCUCUUCCCAAACUGAUGACACGUCGUGGUGCCUUGAUUGGUGCAACAACUGGAUCCAUGUCAAGUCAGAGAAGAAACUCUUUUGAUUCUGAAAUUAGUUACAGCGUCCGAAAGGUGUCGGUAGAGUCACGUCGCCAUUCGUUGGAUUCACAAGUUUCGGUUCAAAUAGCAGAAGUAACAGCAACUCGGAAAACAAGAGCAACACCACUUCCUACAGUUAAUGUAACAAGAGGACGAACACAUCGCAGUAAGCGACGAAGGAGAGACUUUACUCGAUGCAGAGUUGGAACAAGAAUGGGGCCCCUUGUGGUUAGGAAAGGCAGUUCAUCAUCUCAGGAGAGUCAGCUUGGUGCCCAGAUUUUAACUGCUCUAACAAUUGGUAAUUCUGAUAUAUCAUCAAUGGUCCCCAACCUUAUGAAACGAAGAGAGGCUAGUGCAGGCCUUGAUGGUUUAAAGCUAAUGCUGCCCUUACCUUCUGCUUUACUAGGGCAGAGCAGUUGUGGAUCUGAAGAAGAUUUAAGUGACUGUAAAAAGUGUGAUGAAAUAGAAUGUGAGGUGCUAGAUGGCGUUCGAAGUGACAAAAAUGAAGCAGUUAAGGACACUAUUGUGGACACCACAGAUGAAACGGAGAAUAAGAAAGACUACAAGUUUAAAGAAAAUGAAGAUGAAGUGCAAGAUAGAAAAGCUUGUUCUUGUGGGUCAGGCGUUGUGAAUAAGGAUAAUGAGUUGUCUACAAAUAAGGAUACUAGUGUUAUAGCAGUUGCCAAUCAAAGCAGUUUCUGUGAUCUCCCCACCACAAUGAGGACAAAAGGUGCUGUUACAAGCUCAUCAUACAAUAAAAAUCAGCUUUACAUGAAUACUAACAUUCCAGAUGAUAUAAAAUUAAGUGAGAUUUCAGAUGACGAUGCAAACUUUUUAGGAGCAUCAUAUGAUGACACAACAUCAUACUGUCCCGAGUUACAGCGGUUGGCCGGUUCACUUUCUGAUGCAUCUGUCUUCACACACCACACACUGGGUGGCAGUAGGGUAAGGACUGUUGGUGUUGGCCCUUGUACUGUGGGCGGUAAUACUAGGAUACAUGUGAGAAGUCGUGAAGUCGGUACUCAAACAACACCUUCUGAAGAUAUUGGUAUGUGUGAAUUGAACAGCCGUGGUAGUACUUACAGCAGUGGCUCUGGUGUAAAUCAAGGCACUCAGGUAAGCUUUGGUCCACAGCAUGAAAAUAGUGUGAAGCCCUACAAGGGCAGUGAAAAACUGGAGAGUCUUACUGGUCUUGCAGCUAAGGGAUUAAACUACAGCUACAACAUGAGCAAACUUGUUGAGGAACUUGCUGAAAUUGCUGCUGGGCAUCCGUUACAAUUAGACCAUAGAAAAACGUGUUGAGUGCAACAUGUUACAUAUUAGGAUGACAUAAAAAUGUUCUGAACAUAUUUCUGAUGUAAAUGGUCAGAAACCUUUUGUAGCAGAAGUUUUAUUCUGCUGCUUACUGCUGUUAAUGGGGCUUCCUUUCACUGCCAAUACAAAUAGCAUAUUAUUUUGAUACUAUACUUUUUACAUAAUCACACUUUUCAUAUUGAUUUGACUUCUUCUGUAGAAGAAAAUGAAAACAUUUUUAUAAAUUUGACUGCCAUUGUGCUUCAGAAAUAUUUUAAAGAUGGAUAUAUUUUUCUGUUCUGAAAAGUAAUUUGUACAUAGUUUUUUGUACAGCUCUAUCAUGCCAGUGUAAACUUGUAAUUAGUUCUUAUACAUGAACUGGAGCUCAUAAAAUGUGAGGUGUAAAUAAUGCACAUGACUAUGCAUAUAAGUAGAUUUAAGAAGACAAAAAAUUCUUAUAUAGAAGCUGUUAUUUAUUUUUGUUAGUGUAUUAUUCAGUGACUGUCAUCUUUCAUCAGGUGAUAGUGUGUUGCUGUUAUGUAGUAGAUUUACAUGCUCACUGAAAAAAAUCUGCUAGAUCUCUUGCUGCCUUUACAUAACAGCUCUGUUCUGGAGCAAGAAACUGCAAUAACGGUGUUAUUAUUAAAAUCACCCAAUUAUAUUUACUGAAUUAAAACUGCAAAAUUUCAAAAGACAUAGUAGUAUCCAAGGCUUUACUUGCUUCCACUGUUUUCAUUACAUUACAUUACAUUUAGGAAAAUGGUAGAACUCUCAGAGCUUCGUGAAAAAUUUCACAAAUUUAUAUUUUAUACCAUCGGAUCAGAAAAGGAGCUCAAUAACACAAUGUGACAAAAAAUUCAAAUAUACCAUUAUUUAACAGUGUUAUAGUCAUGUGACAACCAAAACUAAUACAUGUGAAAUUUCAGUUUAAAUCUGCUAAUAUAGGAAUUAAGGCACAAAAUGACAAAAUAAAAAAUUCUUAAUCUGAUGAUACAAACAACGGAAAACCCAGAAUGGAAUAAUGACAAUAUUAUGAAAUGUUGUCCCUAUGUGCAACUCACCAUCUCCGCUAUAUGGUGAGUAGCAAUCUAUCCUGUUCAUAAUAUUGUCUAAUCUGAAGAUUUGAGAUGUAGGGUGUUUAAAAACACUGACAUAAUUUCAAAAAGUAAGAAGAAACAGCAGAUGUUUGUUUUCAGUAAAAGACCAAAAUCAUGCCAUGACAAUUGCAAAAUGAUACAAAAACAUUAUGUAAAAUUCAGUAUGAAAUGGAAGAUAAAUGACAGAGGAAAAUCUAGAAAAAGAAGCAAGUCUGGAGGGAGGUUCGCAGAUGCGGAGACAUCAGACCAAUGCAUUGGUUGCAGUUAGAUAUAAGCUGAAGCAGACCAAAUUCACAGUCUGAACAGACUGCAAAAUACAAGAAUUUGUAGUCAUUCUCUUUUAGUUCAGCAAGUUGCUUAAGGUGACGAGACAAAUAUAUUUCUGAACUGAGCUGUAUUAUGCAAAGGAAAAUUCUAUUCAGGAAACUAUUAAAUUACUAAUAAUGACACAACAAACAUUUCAGAAUAAAAAGAAGAAAAAAAUCCCAAGUUUUAGAACUAAUGUGUUCCUCUGUGAUGGAAGAAAAGGUGAUUGGUUGGAUAUGGUGGGAAAGGAGGGCGGGUCAUCCAGAUUCCAAGUUGACAGGAGACAAAGAGGAAAGAUAAAGUUUGAAAGGUUUCUUAUUUUGCUUUGUUAUUUUUUGGCUCUAUGAACAGUUACUGAUCAUCUUGUUCUAUUGAUCUUCAAAUUCAUCUCAUUAUAAAGCAUAAAUAUACUAUUUGUGAGUAAUAUCAUUUAUUAAUGUCAUCUGUUUUGAGAUAUUGCUUGAGAUUUUUUUUUUUUUUUUAAUCUACAAAACUGAAGGCCAGUGGCUAAGACAUAGAAAAUACCACAGAAUAAUGUUUUUGUCUAGUUCUGUCAGAAAUUCGUGAGAUUGUAAGUUGAUAUCUCUUUACAUAAUCCUUUGUGGAAGCCAAACUGGAUAGGCGCGAGGCGCGCGCACUCACACACACACACACACACACGGAAGAGAGAGAGAGAGAGAUUAGGUUAGAUUAGAUUAAUACUUGUAUCAUAGAUCAUGAAUACAACACUUCGUAAUGAUGUGGAAUGUGUCAGGUUAAUAAAAGAUGCCUGUACAAGAUAUUACAUUACACAAAAUAUUGCAUGACACUAAUGUUGUUGUUUUUUUCUCCUUAAUUUAUAUCUAAAAAUUCAGCCAAUGAGUAGAAGGAUUUGUCAUCUAGAAAUUCUUUUAAUUUAUUUUUAAAUGUUAGUUGGCUAUCUGUCAGGCUUUUGAUGCUGUUUGGUAGGUGACCAAAGACUUUUGUGGCAGCAUACUUUACCCCUUUCUGUGCCAAAGUCAGAUUUAACCCUGCAUAGUGAAGAUCAUCCUUUCUCCUGGUGUUAUAGCUAUGCACACUAUUACUUUUGAACUGGGUUGGAUUAUUAACAACAAAUUUCAUAAGUGAAUAUAUAUAUACUGUGAGGAUCCCUAGAUCCUUAAAUAGAUGUCUGCAGGAUGACCGUGGGUGGGCUCCAGCAAUUAUUCUGUUUACAUGUUUUUGAGCAAUGAAUACUUUUCUACUCAACAAUGAAUUACCCCAGAAUAUGAUACCAUACGAAAGCAGUGAAUGAAAGAAGCAUAGUAAGCAAAUUUACUGAGAUUCUUAUCACCAAAAUUUGCAAUAACCCUAAUAGCAUACAUAGCUGAACUCAGACGUUUCAGCAGACCAUAAAUGUGUUACUUUCAGUUUAACUUCUCAUCAAUGGACACACCUAAAAAUUUUGAAAGGCUGUGGCUAAGCCAUGUCUCCGCAGUAUCCUUUCUUUCAGGAGUGCUAGUUCUGCAAGGUUCGCAGGAGAGCUUCUGUAAAGUUUGGAAGGUAGGAGACGAGAUACUGGCAGAAGUAAAGCUGUGAGGCCGGGCGUGAGUCGUACUUCGGUAGCUCAGUUGAUAGAGCACUUGCCCGUGAAAGGGAAAGGUGCCGAGUUCGAGUCUCGGUCGGGCACACAGUUUUAAUCUGCCAGGAAGUUUUUUAUAUACUGUGUUUUAUCAAAAUUUAAAGAGAGUCCGUUUGCUGAGAACCACUUAAUAAUUUUGUGAAAAACAUCAUUUACAAUUACAUCACUUAAUUCUUGGUUUUUGGAUGUUAUUACUAUACUUCUAUCAUCAGCAAAAAGAACUAACUUUGCAUCUUCAUUAAUGUAUAUCAAGAACAGUAAAGGACCUAAGACUGAACCCUGUGGGACCCAGUACUUGAUUAGUCCCCAGUUUGAAGAAUCGGCUGUUGUUUUAACAUUACAUGAACCACUUAUUUCAACUUUCUGCAUUAUUCCAGUUAAGUAUGAAUUAAACCAUUUGUGCACUGCCCCACUCAAACCAUAAUGAUUUAGCUUAUCUAAAAGAAUUCCAUGAUUUACACAAUCAAAGGCCUUUGAGAGAUCACAAAAAAUACCAAUGGGUGAUGUCCGGUUAUUCAUAGCAUUUAAUAUUUGAUCAGUGAAAGCAUAUAUAGCAUUUUCUGUUGAAAAGCCUUUCUGUAAACCAAACUGACAUUUUGUUAGUACUUAAUUUUUACAAAUAUGGGAGGCUACUCUUGAAUACAUUACUGUCUCAAAAAAUUGUGAUUGAGCUGUCAGAAGAGAGAUUGGGUGGUAGUUGUUGACAUCCGACGUAUCCCCCUUUUUUAUGCAAUGGUGUUACAACGGCAUAUUUCAGUCUAUCGGGGAAAACACCUUGUUCCAAAGAGCUAUUACAUACGUGGCUGAGAAUCCUACUUAUAUGGUGAACAAGAUAUUCUUAUUCCUUUAGUUAGCCAAGGUUUUUUAUAUGUAUUCUUGGAAUUCUGUUUAACUAUUUUCUUGGGAAAGCAAUUUUCAAAUGCCCUUAAAAAUGUAUCAUGAUAUAAGUUAUAUUUCAAGUUCCUUAAACACUUCAUCCCAGUCUAGCUGCUGUAGGCUUUCCCUAAAGUUUGCAAUAUUUAUAUUGUUAAUUGAACACACUGCUUUGAAACUCUUGAUUUGAUAUACUGCAUGGAGCUAUGUCAUGUACUGUAACUAGCUGUGCACAAUGAUCUGAAAGUCCAUUCUCAACAGGAUAAGCAUUUAUGUCCUUAAACUUAUCUUGGUCUAUAAAAAAGUUAUCUAUCAAUGUACUGCUGUUCUUUGUUAUCAGAGUACGAAAAUCAAUGACGGAGCUCAAAGAACUGAGUAAUACUACAAGGUCAGUCUUGCUAUUACACUCUUUCAGGGAAUCAACAUUGAAAUCCCCACAAAUGAUAAUUUGCUUCCCCCUGUCUGACAGAUAGCACAACAAAGCAUCCGAGUUUUCUAGAAAUAGCUGGAAAUACCCUGAGGGGGACCUAUACACUGUUACAAUUAUGAAAGUGCCAUCAUUAAGUUCAGUGGCACAUGCUUCCAUAUGUUGCUCUACACAAAAUUUUUCACACUGUGGAAGCUUUUGACAUAUAUGGCAACUACUCCUCUCAUCAUAUUAUCUCUAUUUACAUGUGCAGCAUAAUUUGUACCCAUUUAUGCUAACCUUUUGCAUAUCAGGUGACAAUGUGAUGCUCAGGCAGGCAUAGUACAUCUACUACGUUCUCAGUUUCUAUAUCUUCUAAACAAAGCAGAAGCUCAUCAGUUUUAUUCUUCAAUCCCCCAAUAUUUUGAUGAAAUAUACUAACAUUAUUUUUCACUUUACUUUUGUGAGUAUGUUGAACUUUUUUAACACCUUUAGUACUUGCCUGGCUGAAUUUCCCACUGGACACUGGUCUUACACUAAAAAAGAGUUUCCACCAUGAGAUGUAGUUCCUCCCCCCUUUAAAUUUCCUACUAUCAGCCCAGCCAGUUUACCCUUCCCUUUCUUGUUGAGGUGUAGGCCAUGUCUAGUAUAGUCCCACCUACAGAGUGAAUCAAGAGGAACCACACCAACGUGUGACCCUGCACCAGAUCCAAGUAGCCGUUCUGACUCCAAAUUAACUCUCCUGAUAGAAGAGCUCAAAUGAGGUCGGUCGUGGCGCUCUAGAACUGACACAAACCCAAAAAAACUGGUAUGACUCGAUGUUGAUGCAAUCUUUGCCAGGUCACACUCUAUGCUGUACCCCGGCUCACCCACAAUAACCACUGUAUCUUCCUUAGUAAAGCCUCUACAUAGUGAACCUAAACCCUCUGUAACCUGCCCCAGUGCAGCACUAGGUUUGAAAAAACUUGUGACCUGGUAUUCUGACCCUAAUUCAUCCUGCAGAAGUUGGCCCACACCACCAGCAUGCAAACUAUCUAGCAACAAGACUUUCUUUCUCUUUGCAGACUUCCCUACAUUCUAACUCAAUUUGCUGCUGAAAGCUUGUUGAGCCCUGUCUACAUAUACUUCUGUGAGAGGCUCAUCUUUUUGUGACUGAGGUAACAGGUCAAACCUAUUUUGUACAUUAAUAACAAAGCUGUCAGAAGAAUUUCUUGGCCUGUUCCUUAUGCCUGUUGCCACUUCCCACCCCUGUUUACCCUCCCCCCCCCCCCCCCCUUACCUGCUCAGCCUCAUCUAACUCAGCCUGAAGGGCAGCAAUUUUCCCCUCCUGUUCCACAAUCUUUCUAUCUCUACUGUGUAGCCUCUAGAACCACUGAUGAGUCUCGCUCAUUUUCCCAAUUCCCACGCCACUAAAAUCGCCCCAAUGAAAAAAGUUACUACAUCCAUCACACCAGACGCCGGAGCUAUAGAGAGAGAGAGAGAGAGAGAGAGAGAGAGAGAGAGAGAGAGAGAGACCUGCUGGCAUUGCAGUGUGUGUGUGUGUGUGUGUGUGUGUGUGUGUGUGUGUGUGUGUGUGUGUGUGUGUGUGUGUUUGGGGGGGGGUCCUUAAUAUGAAGGAGGGACAUUUAAGGCUUACAAGGUGAGGUCCCCCGAAGUGGGAUCAACUUUUUGAAACCUUCCACACAUUGAUGUAGGUUAAGACCCUAAGUGUAACACCCGGCAUCCAUUCAUCCUAAUGGGGCCUCAUUUGCAAGUAAUUUAUGAAAAAAAGAAUUGGAAUUUUGCAUGAUGCGCAUUAGCAUUAAAAAAAGAGCAUUGUAUUGACUGAUUGUGUGGUGUAAUAAAAAGGGUAAGGCCUCUAAAUGUAGAAGGUCAUUGGUUCGAAUCUUGUCAGGUAAUUUAAAAUUUUCUUUAUUUUUAAACAAUAUUAUGAGAAGGGAAGUUGCCACUCACCAUAUAGCAGAAAUACUGAGUUGCAGCCGUUAAGACGUUCAUGAACAAUAUGCAUUGUAUUGUUGACGAAGACCUUAACAGCCGAAAGAUAUAAUUGUGAGCAUAUUUUUGUUGUGCCUAUCUGCAACUUGGCAUCUCCGCUAUAUGGUGAGUGGCAGCUUUCCUUCUCAUAAUAUAAUUGCAUUCCACCCUGGAUUUUUCAUUGUUUGAUCUUUAUUUUUAUCGAAAUUAUUUUGGUCAUUUUAUUUCUAUUCCUGUGUCACAUCAUUUUAAUCAUUGUAUCAACUUCUUCAUUUGCUCUCAUUUUUCUUCCUAUCAUUCUUUUACCAUUUGAAACCUUUAUUUAUGUAAUUUUAAUUAAUUUUAUGUAUUUCAGUUUAAUUUCUUUCUUUUUUUAUCAUUCUAUUUCUUCAUUCAUUGAAUUUCGUUUUACUAAUAAUCCCUUCUUUCAUUUAAAUCUUCAUCUGUAUUAUUUUGUCUGUAGCACAAGAGGAGUUUGGGCUAUGUUUUAAAUGUUUGUAUUUAGAUUACUGUAAUGUAAUGAAAAUACAUUUUUGACAUCAUUGCAUAGUCAGUAUACUGGGUUGUUGUAACUAAACUUUCCCUAUUUAACACAUUAUAACACAGAAACUAAUUACAUAUGUGGAUAUGGAAAUGGGGAAGAGAAAUAAUGCAGAAUCAAUGCAAUUGAAACACUUUUGAUGUGCUGCUACGGUACAUCAUACCAGUACCUGGUGGAUAGGUUGUUUCAUCUUUUGUUUUUUAACUAAUAGAUCGGCAGUUUUGGAUAUUUAAAUAUUACAACAUAUAAAUAUAACUAAGUUCACAUUCACAAAAAUUCUGAGUGAAAAACGAAUGAUGUAAAGAAAAAAUGAGAACAAAUGAAAAAGUUCAUACAAUGAUUAAAAUGAUUGACAAUGGAACAGAAAUAAAAAAUGAUAUUUAAACCAAUUAUUUGAAUAAAAAUAAUGAUCAGAGUCUGUUCAAUAAAGAUUUUUCUUUUUAAUUGUAGUGCCUGAUGAGAUUUGAACCUAGAACCUUCUGCACAUGAAAGCUGCACCCUAUCCAUUACACCCUGCAACCAGUCAACAAAAUACUGCUCUCUUAAUGGUACUGAGCAUCAUGUAAAAAUCCCCUUCCCAGUGAUUACUUGCAAAUGAGGGCCCACCAUAUGAAUGACCGCAGAGUGUGAUACCUGGCAUCUUAAUUUACAUCAUCGUAUAUAUGGUUUAAAAAAGUCCAUCCCACUGCUGAGGACCUAUCCUUGUUAGCUGAAAGUUCAGUCUUGUUGAUAUAUCUGCCUACCUCACAGUGCCUCAGCUUUACUCUAUCCUUCAUUUACAUAAUAACAAGGAUUGUGACAUAUCAAGCUCGUUAAUUAAGAUUACACAAAGCAUAGUGAUUUGCAGUUAAAAAUAUGUACCUCCAUGUCACAUUAUAAUAUUGCUUUUAUGUUCAUUGUCAUCAAUUUGAGUGCAGUUCCUCUAAAUAGAAUUGAUAUGUGUAAGGAGAUUGAAUCAUAAAGUAAGAUAACAAGAGUUCUCUAAGCCAAAAUUUGUUCCUCAUAUAGUGGUAAUGAUGCACUGUGGUAAUAAUUGGUAACCCUUCUAUUUUAGUUCAUCAUUGCAACUAAAUAAUUGAUCCAUUGGUAUACUUAGGCAUUGAUGCCACAUAGAACAAAUCUGUAUCCAGCCCCUGUAUGGUGGCAUACUGAACACAUGUAUUGAUUGCAAAUUGACUACUUUUCUAAUGCCUGCUUUGUAUAUUGAAAUGUUGGAUUUAAUUAUGGUUUCCAGUUGUACUGAAUUACUAUAUUUACAAGACUUUCAUUGCCUGUUGCACUUUUAGAGAUUUCUCAUAAUGAUUUACAUAUUAAUUUUGAUGUUAAUACUAUGUUUAAUGUGAUAUGAGCAGAUAAUGUGCAAACUUUUAUUAGUUCUGAAGGAAUGUACAUAUACACCACUUAACAUGUUCAUACAGCAGAUGAGAUAAAGUUGUAAUGGAUGUAAAAUGAAACAUGUGACAUCCUUCUUCAUAUUUUCUUCCUGAACAGUAAACCUGUUGGAAAAUAAAUUCUAGUCAUCAAAAUGUGAAUGAAAACUGAGAAAUGAAGUAUCUAUAUCAACUAAGAUCUGGUGUAAAAGCAGACUUUCAACACAGUGUGUAGAUAAUUUUUGUCUGAUAAUUCUAAACUGAUAUAUUAACUCAGGGAUUUCUUAUUAUUUACAAGUCAUUUUAUACUGAACUUCAUAAUUUUUCAAGGAAACUGAUUUUUAUGAAAUACAGAAAGUCAUGUAUAGAGGCUUACUUCUUUUAUAAACUACAAAAAGCAUUAAUAAAAUGUUUGAAACAAGUGUUCUUACUACAGCAGCUUUUAAAUUUAUAUUGCUUUCAGUAAUUUAAUAAAACUUUUUUCAGUU